UGUGUGUGUGUGUGUGUGUGUGAGCUCCUCUGGAAGUGGACAGGAAAAGGACUGGUGUUUUUCCAGGAUAUCUGGAGUGGGAGGACGGCUGACUACCCUGAGGCCUGGGAGGAGAAGAUUGUUCCACAGGCAGUAGAGAGCAGGACACAGCAAAAGGAGGCCUGCUCUAAAACACACAGCCUUGAGCAGACCGUCACUCAGGCUCACGACAGGACAUGAUCCAGCUGCUGGCUUUGUUCUUGUGAUUUAGCCUAGUUGGAGAAGCCACUGUGGAGGAAAGAGAGUAUUUCUGUACUAUUUUCCUCUUAGCCCAGAGGACUGAUCAGGACUGCCCUGUGUGUGUUUGUAUGGGCCUGUGGAGCCACAGGCAGGCACGGGGCCUGACCUCAGUUCGUUGUUGACGGGAGCUCUGAAUGUUUUAUUGUUCUGAAAAACAAACGAGUGGCUGGGACUUUACCCACAGACAGACACAGUGCUAUUAGAACAACAGCAGAUACUAGGCCACUUCAUUAUCACCACGUAGCCAGAGGCCUGAGAGAACAGGAGCCUCACCAGGAUUAUUAUCACUCAACUGGAGUUUGAUCCCUACACAGCAGCAGACUGAGCUCAGAACACGCUACUGUCACAGUACCUGAAUUGGCUUCGGUGUGCAGGAUCCGACUGGCUGACAGCUGGCUGGCAUAAUAUCGAUGACUCCUGCCUACUUGGCACUUAGAUCCAGUGAUCACAGAUGUCUGUCUGUAAUUCCUAAAGAGAGGAGGAGACAUUACUGCUUGGUUUUAUGAAGAUUUUUUUUAGAGUCAAUGGUUAGCUGGUUGUAUAUUAUCUUUAGUAAGCAUGACUUAAAGUUGGAUUCAAAUAUGGGUUGGGUUGAUUUGAAUGAUUAUUUAUAUCGUUGUGUCUGAGACUGAAGUGAUAUUGUAAGUACUUAGGGUAAGUUUAAGACGGUAGUUUAGAUUUUCCUCAGCCUGCUCCAGACAGUCAAACCAGACAUCGCACGGAUCUAAUCAGGACCUUCUUCAUUCUCAGUCUGGUGUCUCUCAUCAUUAGGAGGUGACCCAACUUCCUGCCUAUAACUUGAAGGCCACUCCUCAAUCUAACAUCAGUGAAGAGCGGCGUUGCCGGUUAUAAAAGUGAGCCAUGUGCACAGAGAGCAGAACUGAGUUCAAAGGUGAAACUGCACUGAGCGGAGAGAGGGAGGAGCCCAGAGAGGGAGAGAGGAAGGGAAAACGAGGUUAAGAGAAGCGAAAGAGGGUAAGAGAAGUUGUAACUGCAGAGAGUGUGACUGCAUUCUGGACUGCCUAGUCUCCCAGGCUGAGGUAGGCUGCUGACAGAGGCUGUGGGAUCCUACCCUAGCCCUUUGACUGAAGAGAGACACUCUGGAUGGUUCAUCUGUCCACCAGUUGUCAUCGGACGCUCCAGCAACAUUUGUUUUUCAUUGAAUGGUUUGUUUGUUCCUGGGACAGAGGACAUACCUGUCUCUAAGAACACAGGGUGAACCCCCUCUCUGCGCGUGUCUGGAACUCUGAGCUGUGGUGAACUUCUGUCUGGGGAUCCCUGUGGGGGAUCUGUUUUUACAUUGUCUCUCUGACGUGUGUCCGUGUGCAGUGGAAUGUUAGCCCGUGCGUGUCCCUGGAGGCGCGAGGACGCUGGACCUGUGAACUGUGAAUGACACACACACUGCUUUAGUGGACCACGUCCCCACACCCAAACACACUCAAACUCCUGGACCACUGGUAGCUAGCAGAGCCAUGGAGUGUUCGGCAGUGCAGACGGAGACUCCUGGUAUCCAUGACAACAGUGCAGAGUUGACCCUGGAGGAGAGUCCGGUCCUCAUCUCCUCAUUCUGCACCGAGCUACAGCUAGAUAGCGUGGAUGGAGGAGGAGGGUAUGACAUAGUGAAUAACCAGGUGAUACCAACACCGGGGCCACCACCAAACUACAGUUCACACAAUGCCUCACUUCAACAAAGCUGGGAGAUUAACUACCAGGAAGCAGCCAUCUAUCUACAGGAAGGAGAGAACAAUGAUAAGUUCUUCACACAUCCUCGGAAUCCAAAGGCGCUGGCAGCAUACUUGUUUGCUCACAACCACCUGUUCUACAUGAUGGAGCUGCUAACAGGACUCCUACUGAUGGUGCUCUCUCUCUCUGAGGCUCCCGCUGUACCAUCACUACGCCUGGAUGUUUAUGUCCACGCCACUCUGGAGUUAUUGGCUCUGGUUAUGGUGGCGUUUGAACUCUGCAUGAAGCUGCGCUGGCUCGGCUUCCACACAUUCAUCAGACACAAGAGGACCAUGGUGAAGACGUGUGUGUUGCUGCUCCAGUUUGUGGAGGCCAUAGUGGUUCUGAUCCGGCAGACGUCACACUUGCGUGUGACCAGAGCUCUCAGACCCAUUUUCCUGGUGGACUGCAGAUACUGUGGUGCCGUUCGCAGAAACCUGCGUCAAAUCUUCCAGUCCCUUCCCCCUUUUAUAGAUAUCCUGCUGCUGCUGCUCUUCUUCAUGGUCAUCUUCGCCAUCCUGGGCUUCUGUCUGUUCUCCCCUAACACUUCUGAUCCAUACUUCAACACUCUGGAGAACAGCAUCGUUAGUCUUUUUGUACUACUGACCACCGCAAACUUCCCAGACGUGAUGAUGCCAGCAUACUCGAGGAACCGCUGGUCCUGUGUCUUCUUCAUUGUCUACCUUUCCAUUGAACUCUAUUUCAUCAUGAACCUGCUUCUGGCAGUGGUGUUCGAUACGUUUAACGGUGUUGAGAAGAUGAAGUUUAAAUCUCUGAUGCUCCACAAACGCUCCGCUAUCGACCAUGCCUUCCAACUGCUGGUCAGCAGACAGAGGCCAAUGGGUCUGUCUCUGAAGCAGUUUGAUGGUCUAAUGCGUUUCUACAGACCCCGUAUGUCUGCCAGAGACCGCUUCCUCACAUACAAGGCCCUAAACACUGCAGGAGCACCCAUGCUCAGCCUAGAUGACUUCUAUAAAUUCUAUGAAGUAAUUGGCCUCAAAUGGAAGGCACGGCGGAGCGGGGAACACUGGUUUGAUGAUCUUCCACACACUACUUUUCUUAUCUUCAAAGGCAUCAACCUGCUGGUCAAGUCUAAAUCCUUCCAGUACACCAUGUAUGUGGUGGUGGCCGUCAACGGAGUGUGGAUCCUCGUAGAAACCUACAUGUUGAAUAGUGGAUUCUCCUCGUCCAGAAUAGUCCCCUGGAGCUACAUUGUCUUCCUCACCAUCUAUGGGGUGGAGGUGUUGUUGAAGGUAACAGGCAUGGGACCGUUGGCCUACUUCAGCUCCGGCUGGAACCUGUUUGACUUCUUUGUGACGGUGUUUGCCUUUCUGGGAUUGAUUGCUCUGGCCUUCGACAUGGAGCCCUUCUACUUCAUUGUGGUGCUCAGACCACUGCAGCUACUCAGGUUGUUUAAGAUAAAGCAGAGGUAUCGUAACGUGUUGGACACCAUGUUUGAACUCUUCCCGAGGAUGGCAAGCCUGGGGCUGACAUUGAUCAUCUUCUACUACUCCUUUGCCAUUGUGGGGAUGGAGUUCUUCGCUGAUGUAGUUUACCCUAACUGCUGCAAUACCAGUACAGUAGCAGAUUCAUACAGGCAGAUCAAUGUAACCAUAGGCAAUAGGACGAUGCUGGAUGAAGGUUACUACUAUCUCAACAACUUCGACAACAUUCUCAGCAGCUUUGUGACUCUGUUUGAGCUGACUGUGGUAAACAACUGGUACAUCACCAUGGAAGGAGUGACCUCCAUGACAACUCACUGGAGCCGCCUCUACUUCAUGACCUUCUACAUUGUCACCAUGGUGGUGAUGACCAUCAUCGUUGCCUUCAUCCUGGAUGCGUUUGUGUUCCGUAUGAACUACAGCCGGAAGAACAAAGAACCACUGUUAGAUCCUGAGGAUGAGAACGGUAUAGUGUUUGAGGCAGAGGUGAGUCGUGACGAGGCGUUGGCUACUCUGGAGCUUUAUAAGCAGACGUGCCCUGGACUCUCCUCACUCAACUCUCUACAGGGAGUACUGGUGGCCAUGGACCGCAGCGGGAGCUCGUUUCUGGUGUACCUGGGUCGGAGGUCGCGGACCAAGAGUGACCUCAGCAUGAAGAUGUAUGAGGAAGAGAUCCAGGAGUGGUAUGCUGAGUACUCCAGAGAGAACCUACCCCAGUCAGACCGAAGCCUCGGAGAAAGUGAGCUGGAAAUCCCUCCUCCCUGUCCUGACCCUGAACCUCAACCCAACUCACAAGGACCACUUAGUAUUAACUAACACUCACUCACUGUUUCGCUCUCUCUCUCUUACACACACACACACACACACACCUCUUUAACUUCAGUCAUCAUGUCAAAGAGCACUCUGUGAACUUAAUGGUGAUUGUCUUCCACAAUGACAAGACCGAGAACCCCUCAAGUCUCUGUCUGUCUCCUUCCCUUCUUCCCCCUCCUCCCAUCCUGAGGAAGUGUACUCCAGCAGCUUGGUCGGACAGUUGUGAUGUGGACAGAUGUGAUGGUGUCACUGAACUAGAGCCUGGAUCCUGGACCUGUUGAGAUGCAGCAGGGAUUUAUGUUGAUAUGAAUCAUGUUCUCUAUCUGAAUGGAUCUGUGUUCAAACAGGUUUAACAUCAUUAUCUAACCCCAACCCUGACAGGACCUUAGUUUGCCGAUGCAUUGACAGUCGAAGCAGAGCAUCGAUUUAGGGGUUAACGGGCAGGGUUUUAAGGGUCAGAGUUAGGCCCUCUAGCUGUGAGACAGAGCUAAUGUUCAAGGCCAACACCGGAGUACGAGGAGCCACUAGAAUUUGGAAUUUCACACUGCUUUUCUUCACUGCUCUGACCACAGAGAGGACACAUGUCUGGACAGUGAAAGGACACAUACCUGUAGGUGAAUACCAGGCUGCCUGUAGAUACGUACAAACUCACACGAUCCAGCUCCGUCUGCCAGCACUAGGCUAAGCCCCCCUCAACAGCCACUAUGCCCACCCCCCCCACCCACCCACCCAACACACACCUCAAACCCCUGCACAUGUCCAGUAACCUACAGCUAUAUCUCCUAGCCAGCGUUUGAACAAACCUAAGAGAAGACUUUACUUUUAUAACUUGUUAUUCUGUAAGUGUAUUAUAAUGUAUUUGGUGUAUUAAAUGAGGAAUCAUUUAAAUACA